UGUGUUUCAGAAAAACUGUCAAAAAUGUCUGUUAAACAACUAACUUUGCUUGAUUUGCCCAUAAAAAUUGCGAAUGAAAUUCUGGAAAAACUAGAACCCGUGGAAUUACUAAUCUCCCGGAAAGUAUGUCGAAGUUUACGGAGUGCAAUUGAUGAAAACGUUCAUUUCAACAAAAUCUCAAUUGAAUUGUGCAACUGCUACGUUUCGAUAUAUUUCGACGAAAUUGAAAUCAUCUACUCUGUAACAAUGAAUGGUAGAUCAUAUAUGCAAAGCAAUAGGCAAAACAAAACCAUAGAAGGUGUAAACUGUAUGGAAGCAGCUUUCAAGGACCUGAAGAUACUUCUGAAACAUACAUCUAAGUUAUACAUUUCCAGCAAAACAAGAGAUAGAGAAAACAUUGUCAGCUUACUUGUAGAUAUCCUGAAGGAAGAUGUGAAUAUCCACGUGGAAACUAUAGCCCUGACUUUUAUCCCAUUAGAUAAGGUUUUAACAAUCCUUCCGUUACUAAAUGCUAAAACGCUACGAGAGAUUUCAUUGUGGGAAUCUUUCGAAAUUGACCAAUUCAAGAAAAUAACUAGUUUGGAUCAAUGGAAGAACGCGAAAAAAUUCAGUUUUCAACUUUUCCCGUUUAAUUGUGAAUACAUUGUACAUCUCUUUCAUUUUGAAGAGUUUAGUAUUAAAACUGAUAAAUUUCCAAUGCAAAGUGUGAUUAAAGUUCGAGAUGAUCUGCUGCAAAGAUGUACGUUUAAAAAAUGCACAGUUUCGGUUGAAAAAUUUAGUGUGAAGCCUGUCGAAAUUGCAAGAACAUUCCAACCGGAUUAUACUGGUGGUGAUGCGUUUAAACUGGAUUAUUCAAACGGAAAAUCCAAAUUUGAAAUAAACUUUGGAGAUUGUCCCAAAGAAAGGCGCGCUUGGAAGUUUGAAAUCAAAAAAUGCUAACGAUUUGUGUUUCGUAUUAUUUUCUAUUGUCAUUUUUAUAUUUCCUUAUGUAUAAAGCAUCGAUUUCUGG